GUACUAGUACUUACUUUCUGAUUCUUAAAAACUUUUCUUCUGUCUUGUUUAUUUUUUGUUGGUGUUUUGUGAUUAUCAAAACGUGGUGUUAAUACAUGCACAAUUGCACAGUAGUAAAAGUGUGAUACUUGAAACUUUUCCUCACAGAAAAUCUGUCAUAUUUAUGAUGAAUAUAUAUUAGGAAACCUUUCAAAUUCAACGCAUAUUUGUCGUCAUACCCUCUUGUAGUUUCCAUUUUAGUUCCAGUGUAGAGUGAAGAUUAUGAUACUCAUUAUUACUCUCAGAUUUUGAAGUUGCAAAAUUAGCUCAAAUCUGAGUUUUUUUCCCUUUUAUAAGGUGUUCUUGUGUUCUGUUUUGUAAUUCUGGGUCAUUUUGUGAAGGUGAAUUGCUCUAGAGGUAGUAGUGGGGUGUCCUUGUGAAGGAAGAUGAAUCAUAACUUUGUUUCAGACAACAGUCUUAUUCUUGAGAGUGAUGAAGAAGAUGAGGAGAAGGAUUUGAACAAAGGUGAAGGUGAUGGUAAUGAUUCUGAUUCUUCCAAUUACUCCAAUGAAAAUCCUCCACAGAGGAAGCCUAGUUCCUACAACAUCUCAUGGCCUCAGAGUUACAGGCAGUCUAUUGAUCUCUACAGUAGUGUGCCAUCACCAAAUAUUGGAUUUCUGGGCACUCCCUCAUUGAACAGAUUGAGCAGUUCCUUCCUUUCUACAUCUCUGACAAGGAGGCACACUCCCGAAGCACUUCCUUCAGUGUCGAAACCUCUGAUACAACCGACUGAAGAGGAGCCACAGAGGCGAAGCUCUCACGCCUUGCUUCCCCCUCUUGCUAGGAAGUCUUCUUUGAUUAAGAAGGAUGCCAAGGUUUCUCAUCAUGAAAUUCCUUCUCGCCAAUGCUCCUUUGGACAGGCUGUGCUUAACGGCAUAAAUGUUCUUUGUGGAGUAGGAAUCCUUUCAACCCCUUAUGCUGCGAAACAAGGUGGAUGGGUCGGGCUUUCUAUCUUGUUCCUUUUUGGAAUCAUUUCCUUCUAUACCGGGCUGCUCUUGCGUUCCUGCUUGGACAGUGAACCUGGUAUUGAGACAUACCCUGACAUUGGUCAAGCUGCUUUUGGUACUAUUGGACGUAUUGCCAUUUCAAUAGUAUUGUAUGUGGAAUUAUAUGGUUGUUGCAUUGAAUACAUAAUUUUGGAGGGCGACAACUUGGCUACCUUAUUUCCAAAUGCAUACUUAAAUUUGGGUGGAAUUGUAUUGAAUCCACAAACUUUGUUUGCUAUUAUCGCCACCUUGGCUGUUCUUCCAACCGUUUGGCUCCGUGACCUAAGUAUUCUCAGUUUUAUCUCAGCCGGUGGAGUUAUUGCAUCAGUUUUAGUGACUAUCUGCUUGUUCUGGGUUGGCGUUGUGGACGUUGGCUUUCAGAGCAAAGGGACAACACUCAAUCUUACAACUUUUCCUGUUGCAUUGGGUCUUUAUGGUUACUGCUACUCUGGACAUGCUGUGUUCCCAAACAUUUAUACAUCCAUGGCAAAGCCAAACCAGUUCCCUGCAGUGCUCUUAGCAUGUUUUGGAAUUUGCACCUUCCUAUAUGCCGCCGGGGCUGUUAUGGGAUACAAGAUGUUUGGAGAUGCUAUACUAUCUCAGUUCACUCUUAACUUGCCUCAAGAUUUGGUGGCAACCAAGGUUGCUGUGUGGACAACGGUGGUUAAUCCAUUUACCAAGUAUGCGCUGACUAUAUCUCCAGUGGCAAUGAGUCUAGAGGAAUUGAUACCAUCAAACAAUGCCAAGUCUUACCUAUAUUCCAUCUUCAUCAGAACAGGGUUGGUAGUGUCGACCCUGCUAAUUGGUCUGUCAGUUCCCUUUUUUGGUCUGGUUAUGUCUUUGAUUGGAUCACUGCUUACAAUGCUUGUUACUUUGAUACUACCCUGUGUUUGUUACCUGAGAAUUUUGCGGGGAAAAGUCACCCGAUUACAGGUAGCACUUUGCAUUAUAAUUAUUACCGUAGGUGUUGUAUCUUCUGCCUUUGGAACAUACUCAGCACUUUCCGAGAUUAUUAAGAGUUUGGGUGGAUGAAGUUUUGUGGCUUAAUUCAUGGAAGAAGAUGAGAUUUGUCUACUAUUAUCUAGCCCUUUCAUUUAUUUUAUCCAUUUUGAUUGUUGAUCCCCAAUUUUGAGUUCAUUUUCUGUGGUUUCUCCAUUUUGUUGCUAGUAUUUGUGGUUAUUAUUCUGGUUCCUAGUUUACCUUUGUUAUGACAAGUUUUGCUCGGGAUUGAAGUAUUGGAAUUGAUAAAGCACCAUCCUAUAGAUGGUGGCAGAGAAAUUAAAUGAUACGGUUGAAGAGAUUUCUUGUUCUUUCUA